AACGCCAAGGUGACGAAACAUCAGUCAUGGAACUGUCAUACAUAAUCGAUGCAUGAUCAGCCACGGUUGCGAUAGUCAUACUUAUAGACGAGCGCUCUGCCUUCUUCCCAGAGUGUUAUGGUAGCGGGAGCCUGAGAGCCUGCUGAAGAGACAGCACUCCAAACGAGGUUACACAUCUUGAUCUGCACUUUGCACCCUGCAGUGCCUCCCCGCAUAUUUAAUCUCUACUCUCGCCAUUCUCGAAUCAAUCACAUCGAUCCCCCUUUUCGAACUGUGCAAUGGAUCCACGCGGUUGGCAAAACGGGUGGUACACCCCACAUAAUCCUCACGUAUACCUUCCUCCCAAUUAUUAUGGCCACAAUGUUUACCACCAAGGGCCUCAACAUACAGGCUGGAGACCAUUCGGUGGCCACGCGCGGACCGGAAAAUAUCCCAAUCUUCACCCUGCUUUGGCUUCCGACCUGACUCUGGUGCGAUAUGACAUCCGGAAACCAACCAACGAAGGCAUUCUGUCGAACACGUACUCUGACGUCUAUCACGCCCCUGCUCUCAUAAAGCCAUCAUCAGCCUUCCGUAUCAUUUCAAAAGCUUUUCCCUGGACCAUAGACAUAAAAACGCCUGCAAACUCGAUUGUCACAUGUGGUAUGGUCUGGGAUGCUAUCUACUCCGCUUUGCAAGAACCGAUCGCCGACUCUGAGUGGGGCCUUGCAAUAGUCGAGAAGUCGCGGAAAGAAGCGAUCGAGAAAGCUGCAAAAUUGAGAGAGGAGAAAGAUAAAGACAAGCGGAUGAAGCGGAUUGAUUGGCUUGGGGACACGACAUUAUUCAAAGGGCUUGAGAAAGAUGAGGAAUUUCAGAAAAUGAGAUUACUUCCAGGGACGAAGGCAUGUCCCGAGACCUGGAUCGUUCGCUUUGGGAAACCAUGAGGUUCCAUGGUUUCUGUUUCAACUAAUCGCAAACGAUAGACUUCGUGUAUUUAGGGCUGUAUACCUAGUGACUUUCCAUACAUUUGCAAGACAGAAAAUCCGUGCUAGCAUAGGACUU